GCAGUCAGUCACCCCAGGCCCACGCUCUGCAGUCCGCCGCCCUCUUCUGGACACCGAGGUGGAAGAGAGCUGCGAACUGAGAAGCCGUCUUCUGGGCAGGGUGGGGAACCUCGGCGGCUGGAGACCGAGCCCCUCUGAGAGGAGCUGCUCGGCCCCGCCCCCUGGCUCCGCCAUUGGCCGUGGCGGAGCGGCUGUACCCGCAGCUCCUCUCCGGGAAGGUCCCCACUUGACAGCUCUGGGCGACCGGAGGCUGCACCCAGAGGCUGCCCGGGAGAUUGGAGCUGGGCCGGCGGGGGCCAGGACCCGGCGCUCUCUCGGCCGUUCCCUCUAGCGUCCACUCCCUCACAGCCACGCGGGGCGCGCACUCCCACUCCUUCUCUACACGCGGCUGCGGGGCGCGAUGGACCCGGCACUGCUCCACAGCCUGCUGGAGGCCAACUGUAGCCUGGCGCUGGCCGAAGAGCUGAUCCUGGACGUCUGGGGGCCGCCCCUGGACCCCGAGGGUCCCUACUCCUACUGCAACACGACCUUGGACCAGAUCGGAACGUGCUGGCCCCGCAGCGCCGCCGGAGCCCUCGUGGAGAGGCCGUGUCCUGAGUACUUCAACGGCGUCAAGUACAACACGACCCGGAAUGCCUACCGAGAAUGUUUGGAGAAUGGGACGUGGGCCUCAAAGAUCAACUACUCACAGUGUGAGCCCAUUUUGGAUGACAAGCAGAAGAAGUAUGACCUGCACUACCGCAUUGCCCUUGUCGUCAACUACCUGGGCCACUGCAUAUCUGUGGCAGCUCUGGUGGCCGCCUUCCUGCUUUUCCUGACCCUGCGGAGUAUCCGCUGUCUGCGGAAUGUGAUUCAUUGGAACCUCAUCACCACCUUUAUCCUGCGAAAUGUCAUGUGGUUCCUACUGCAGCUCAUUGACCACGAAGUACACGAGAGCAAUGAGGUCUGGUGCCGCUGCAUCACCACCAUCUUCAACUACUUCGUGGUGACCAACUUCUUCUGGAUGUUUGCGGAAGGCUGCUACCUGCACACGGCCAUCGUCAUGACCUACUCCACUGAGCGCCUGCACAAGUGGCUCUUCCUCUUCAUCGGAUGGUGCAUCCCCUGCCCCAUCAUCGUCGCCUGGGCCAUUGGCAAGUUCUACUAUGAGAAUGAGCAGUGCUGGUUUGGCAAGGAGCCCGGCGACCUGGUGGACUACAUCUACCAAGGCCCCAUCAUUCUCGUGCUCCUGAUCAAUUUCGUAUUUCUGUUCAACAUUGUCAGGAUCCUAAUGACAAAGUUACGUGCAUCCACCACAUCCGAGACAAUCCAGUACAGGAAGGCGGUGAAGGCCACCCUGGUGCUCCUGCCCCUCCUGGGCAUCACCUACAUGCUAUUCUUCGUCAAUCCUGGGGAGGAUGACCUGUCACAGGUUGUGUUCAUCUAUUUCAACUCCUUCCUGCAGUCAUUCCAGGGUUUCUUCGUGUCUGUCUUCUACUGCUUCUUCAAUGGAGAGGUGCGCUCAGCCAUGAGGAAGAGGUGGCACCGCUGGCAGGACCAUCACUCCCUUCGAGUCCCUGUGGCCCGGGCCAUGUCCAUCCCCACGUCACCCACACGGAUCAGCUUCCACAGCAUCAAGCAGACGGCCACUGUGUGACCCCUUGGUUGCCCACCUGUGCAGCUCCCCCAUCCUCCUCCACUUUCCUCUGGGUUCUCCUUGUUGGGCAGGCUAUGGUGGGGCAGGAGAUGGGAAGGGAGAGACCAGCUCUCCAGCAUGGCAGGAAAGAGGGGGUGUGGCAGCCAAGGGGGACUACAAGGGACAGGACCAGCAGAGGCUGCCAGGCUCAGUGCAAGAGGGAGCAGAGGGAAUUCCCAGGACCCCCUGAGAAGAGCCAGUCAGAUGUCUGCAGGCAUUUGCUCAUCCCGGUCUCUCUGGCCAGAGCCUCACUGUAGAGAGGAAACUGAGGCCCAGAGAAAGGCCUGUCCAACAGACAGAGUUAUUCAUAGUGGCAGACACGGGGCUCCCCUGGUCUACUCACAGUGCCAGCUGCCAGGUGAUGGUGUGGCUCUGUGCCGGCCCUCGGCCUCCACACUCAGUGGUACCCCGCAGUUGGGUGGGGUAUGCCAGCUGGAGUAAAGGAUCAAUUUGGCUGCCCUAUCCCAGCGUCUCUCAACUAGAGAGGCUCACUUACACCCCACCCUUGUUCCUCUGUCCCCUCCCUAGCCAUCCUCCACCCCUAGGGCUCCAUGAGUGAUGCUGACUUCCAGGAUUGGCUUCCUCUCUUGGGAGACCCCUUCUCUGCUAGACCACAGAUUAGGGGAUCUAGGAAGAUACCAUCAGGGCAGCCACAUUCUUAGGUCAACCAGAUGUAUGGUGCAGGGCAAAACAAGGAGCAGAGGCAUGGAGAAGGGAGGUGUGGGAUGGGAAUAGCAGAAACCAACAAUAUCUUCAGUGAUUGAAACUCAUCCCCCAGUGCCCUUUGCCCUCCAGCCUCCCUUUCAGAAACAACUCCGCUCUCUGUGAAAUAAAUCAUGCCUCUUCGAAA